AUGAGGCUCACUAACCAGGGCUCGGUCCCUGUUUAUACCAUCUCUGGAUCUUCCACUGCGCGACCUCUUCCGGAAUGGCUGGCCAAAAAGCGGAAGCGGAGUCUCAAGAACGACCCGGAAUAUGCCAAUCGCGUCGAGCUGCUUCAGGACUUUGAGUUUGAGGAGGCUAGCCAGUGUAUUCGUAUCAGCGAGGAUGGGCAGUGGGUGAUGAGUACAGGGACCUACAAGCCGCAGAUUCAUACGCACUAUCUACCGCACUUGUCGCUGUCUUGGGCUCGUCACACAGUGUCGCUCAAUACCACAUUUCUGCUCUUGUCUUCCGAUUACUCGAAAUCGUUGCAUUUGCAGUCUGAUCGGUCGCUCGAGUUCCACACCCCGCAAGGAUGCCAUUAUACGAUGAGACUGCCCAGAUACGGUCGCGACCUGGUUUACGACAGGCAGUCCGCGGAGGCACUGGUUCCAGCAGUCGGCGUCAACCAGGAUGGGAUGGGAGAAGUGUUUCGGCUGAAUCUGGAAAUUGGUCGAUAUAUGCGAAGCUACGAGGUAGACGUGGGUGGAGAUGAUUACACGACAGUUGGUGGUGGCUCGCUGCAAGGUGGCAUUUAUACGGGUGCAGUGAACACUGCUGCUAUUGCCGAAGAGAGCCACAAUCUUCUGGCCUUCGGUACGUCAAUCGGGACUGUCGAACUCUGGGAUCCGCGGGCUCGAGGACGAGCGGGGAUUUUGUUGCCUCCGUCCCAGUCGCAGCCAGACGAUGUGCGGCAGGAGAUCACCGCCCUGGAGUUUCACCGGUCGGGCUUGACCCUCGGAACAGGAUCGUCGAACGGAAUCAUCCAUUUGUACGAUUUGCGGUCGCCGGUGCCAUUCCUGAAAAAGGACCAGGGAUACGGUUACCCUAUUCACACACUGAAAUUUCUCCUGCCGUCUUCUUCCACCCGCGAACAAACAAUGGAGCCCAAGAUUCUCUCUUCUGAUAAGAGAAUUAUCAAGAUAUGGGAUCCCCGGGAUGGUUCCCCUUGGACAUCGGUUGAACCGGCCGUCGAUAUCAACUGCGUCGCCUGGUACAAAGACAGUGGAAUGAUCCUAACAGCCAAUGAAGGCAGACAGCAGCACGCAUUCUUUAUCCCUCAACUGGGACCCGCUCCAAAAUGGUGUUCUUUCCUGGACAACCUCGUUGAGGAGAUGGCAGAGGAUCCAAACGACCCUCAGGCAUUCAAGAGUGGACAGUCAGGCGCUGUCUACGACAACUACAAAUUCUUGACGGUGCCUCAGUUGCGAGCACUGAACUUGGAUCAUUUGAUCGGAAGGACGAAUCUUUUGCGACCUUACAUGCAUGGAUACUUUGUGGCCCAGCGAUUGUAUGAGGAGGCUCGAUUGAUCACGAAUCCUUACAUCUGGGAGGAAGAGCGGGCCAAGAGGAUUAAGGAAAAGAUCGAUAAAGAACGGGAGAGCCGAAUCAGAGGGAAGAAGAAGGUUGCGGUCAAAGUCAACAGGAAGCUGGCUGAGAAGCUUCUUGAGAAACAAGAGAAAGAGGAGCGGCGCAGAGCCCAGAAGGUUCUGGAGCGGGGAGGUGAUGAGGACAUGGUUGAUGCACCACCACCUUCAGACGAGCCUGGCAAGGGCCUGCUUAACGAUAGCCGUUUCAGGAAGAUGUUCGAGGACGAGGAAUUUGCUGUGGACGAGAACUCCAAGGAGUACAAGCUAUUGAACCCAGGCAGCGUUCCCGAGGAGUCUCCAAGAAAGGAGCGAGGCUUGACGGCAGUGGAACAGGAGGAAGUCGACUCAGUUCCUAGCUCCAGCAGUGACGACGAGUCGUCGGAAGAGAGCGAAGACGAGCAGCCGGAGAAGAAGUCCAAGCCGUCCGAAAAGAAAGACAACAACAAGCGCGACAAGAAGCCCGCCCUCCAGAUGCAGGUCUCAUCUUCCACCAAAGCGGGGCCGAUCCGGGAUCGGUCGUUCGAGUCCCGGGCUCAGAACAUGCGCGUGAAGGAGAAACCCGUCCGGGGCAGUGUGGUCGGCGAGAAGGAAAUAACAUUUGCACCGAAGCCGAAGUCGAAGCCACAGCCCAGCGCGGAAUCGGCGGAGGCAGAAAAGCAGUACCGGAAUAAGGAGCGACGAAGUGCAUCCAAAAACACCUUCCGACGGAUGUAA